AUGGAUGACAAGAGUGCGGAAUGGACGUUGACGUUGCGUCAAGUGUUCCAAGACGUCCAAUUACAGGCUGUAGAGAGCAGUAGUUAUUCCCGUAAAGGUGUAUCCCAUCAACAGUCUCUUUUUCCAGCUGUUCGUCGUCUUCAGACGUUGUUUCAAGAUGAAAUAUGGGAUAAAAAACGUGGGAUCAUAGAAGAAGCGUUUGUUUUGUUCUUGGAUGAACUCUGGGUAGGGAUCACAAGAGUGUUGGUCAUGAAUAAAGUCACGGAUAUGAUUGUCGAGACAAUUGCGUCACUUGUGAGUGCUUUUCUCUCGUAUAAGACGAGCCACGGGAAAGCCGAUUUACUGGCUGAAGUAGUACAACGACUUCAGAAAGUAACACGAGCCGAAGAUCGACUCGUGCGACUCCGAGCGUGUCAAAUGUUACAAAUUCUAGUCAAUACAAUGGACAACCAAUUGGAUGAACCAUUGAAACAAGAAGUGAGACAUGAAUUCUUACGUCGCGUGACGGAUAAAGUCACGUCCAUCCGGAUACAAAGUGUCUAUGGCUUAAAAAAGCUACAAACAAAAAAAGAACAAGAUCUCGUUACCGAGGAACUCAUGAAACUGAUGGUCAUGGACCCGUCCAAAGACGUUCGAAAGGCUGCUUUGCUUACUAUGUUGGUGACUAAAAAUACGUACAAGAAGUUACUUGUUCGUAUUCGUGACACAAGUGAAGACGUACGGUAUGCUGCGUUCUGUACCAUUGGUGAUGCCAUGCCUUUGAAAGAUAUUCCGAUUACGGAUCGAGCACAUUUACUGGAUCAAGGGCUGCAGGAUCGUGCUGCACGUGUGAGAAGAGCAUGUAAGCAAAUGGUGCUUACGAAAUGGUUUCCAGAGUGUGAAUCUUCACCGAUGCUGCUGCUUAAAGCAUUAGACAUUGAGCAGUAUCCUAGCAUUGGUUCCAAGGUGUCGCGUAUUCUUCUGCAACAUUUCUCAGAUCAACCGCGAGCAAUGUUGGGAAAAGAAGGUGUUGUCGAGUUCAAUACACUCGAAUUAUUGUCGGCGAAUAGUGAUGCACUGACUGCCGAGAGUAUAUUCUUCUGGAGAGAGCAGUGUUACUUUUAUCAGAUAAUCGACAAUGAUCCACAGAAGGCAGCGGCUCUUGUGCCCAACGUGUCGGAUUUUAGCAAAUUGCUCGUGACCACGUGCAAAGCCCAAAGCGAUGUCCUCUUUAUUGCACAUCAAUUACUGGAACUUGGACAUUUGUUGGAUUUCCAGGAUGAGUUUGGGCGACGCAAUUUGCUGGAUUCUCUGCAGAAACUGUUGCGCGAGCUGGAAACGGAUAGUCAGCUGAUCAAGGGCAUAAUGGAGUUGAUGGCCUUUGUGUAUUCUGGAAGCUCGGAGCAAGAGUUUAUCCAGGUCGUCGCAGAAAUCAUAUCUGAUAUGUACGACCCCGUGGAAGCACUCAGCCAAGAAAUCUCUCUAUUACAGCAAGAGGACUCCGAGAUUGCUUCGUCGCAACAGGAACCACUGACACCACUGACUGAGGAUGAAGCCCCAGCGCUCAGCUUUGGUCCUCAUUUGCAUAAACUGAGUGAGGAAGAGCGCGAAGCGGCAGAAAUCAAAUUUGAAGAGCUAGAAAAGCAUCUCGAAACACUCGAGUUUGACUCGGAAGAGUACAAUAAGGUUCAGGCAGAGAUGGCGAAAGUGGAGGCACUUCUACAAGACCCAAGGGUGCUUAGCUGGCUUCGAUGUCUCGAGAUUGUGGCUCAGCUACUUAAACUAACGUCGCACAAUUUGAGCGAUCCCGUUGUAGAGGGAAUGGGUCGUUAUAUUCUUCCUGCAAUCGACAGUGACGUGCCGGCACUACGUGAAGCUGGCCUAGAGAACCUCGGACUGUUCUGUCUGCUUGAUAAGCGUAUCGCGGAGCGCUAUUUGAUCGUGUUUUGGCGAGCGUUGAAUAAUCCAGAAGAAGAGUGCGAGGUAAAGCACACAUGCGUCCAGGCAAUUCUGGAUACGGCAUUCAGUUUCUCAAAUCUGCAGCCGCACAUUUUCGGCGCAAAACAAGUUGAGGAUGGCGUUGAAACUGGAGUAAACGAAGGCGUCUUUGCCAAGGAGGGUGAUGGCCAGGAUGCAACCAACAAUAGCAGCAGUGUCGAAGACGAGGACGCAAACAAGGUUAAAUACAAGGAUGGAGAUCAAAAGGAAGACAAAGAUAUAGAUAGGGAUGGCGAGGCGGAGCCAGUGACGGCCUCCGAAAAGCUGGAUCUCGACACGAUUUUCAUUGGUCUGGCUCAGCUGAUUACCGUGGAUGAUUUAGACCUCCAAAGCACUAUUGUGGAGGGCUUCUGCCGCUUGUUUAUGAUGAAUCGGAUCAAUAACAUCACAGUGCUGGCUAUUUUGCUUGAGACGUGUUUCAGUCCGAAGCUACAAAACAUACAGAAGCUUGGUGAACACGGAUAUCAGUCGCGCUCUCUCCAGCUGCUGAGUAUCUUCUUUCCAGCGUUCGUCAUGGCUACAGCAACAAACUGCAUGCUGCUGGAGGAAGCCGCUACUCAUUUGAUACAGAAAUCAAUGGAGAAGCUGGAGAGUGAUUCAAUGCUUGACUUGGGUGCUUGCGCUAAAUACGUCAUGCAUCUGUUGAACCACAACGAGCAAGCGGAAGAGGCAGCAAUGCAGGUGUCUGGAAAGAAACGAACAAAGAAAUUGGAGAGACGGCACUGUGCACACCACAAUCGAAUUGGCAUCACGAUAUGCCUGGAAAUGCUUGCACUCGAAAAGGUGGCCGCACUAUCGUCUGUUCGCCAAGACGUUGUUACUACGCGACAAAAGGCUCUUGUCAAGAUGAUCACGUGGAUUGAAGUGACACUUGACGAGCAACGAUCUGCCUUGUUGCUCAAGUAUUUGCUGCAACAAAUCACCUCAUCGUGCUUGAGCUCUCACAAAGGUUUGCUUCGAAGCGCCGAGGCGGCAUUGAAACGGAUUUCCACGAGCUUCCGGGAGCAAAGCACCGACCAAAGUAAUGACCAACAGACGGUCGCACUGGAACAAGAUCAGACAUGGGCGCACGGUCUUGUUAAAGAACGUGAAGAAGUGCUGCAAAAGGUGCUAGUGAUGGCAAGUGCUGAGCAUGACAAGUGGCUCAAGAAGCAAGAGAGAGAGAAGAAACUGCAGCGACGAAGGACGGCUCGAUACGUCUCAUCCGACUCGGCGGACUCGAGUGAGAGCGAGAGCGAUGAGAAUAGCGAGGACAAGACGGCUGCUGUACCAAUACGUCGUGAAUUGUCAUCUCGUCGUAGCAAGACGGCAGCUGUGAAUCGAAUGCAUGAGAAGGAGGGCGAAUUUGAAGCAAAAAUAAAGCAGGCGUUGCAGGACGAUGAUGCAGAUGAAGAUGAUGAGGAUGAGGAAUGUGACGAAGAGGAGAGUGAAUCAGACGAGGAAGAACAAUCGGACGAAGAUGGAUCGAUCAUUGAAGACGAUGAAUAG